CCUUUUCCGUUUCGCAGUUUUCUUCUUCAGAAUUACUUAAUUACCGUUUUCGAAAGACUUCGAAGUUCGUGUAGUUUGCAUGAAACAGAAGUUAGAAGUUCCUUAUGGUUAAUGGAAACCCAUUUGUAAGAGCGGCACCUCGCGUUCUUCCUUUCGAAUACUUUAAGACUGGCUAUGAAUGGUGAAGGAUUUGCUGCUCAUUUGCAUCAUUUGCUUUACCAUCUGCAUAUUUGGGCUCCAUCUUCCCUUCUGCAGUUAUUUGCUUGGACAUUCCGUUGUAGAUUCGUGUUUGUGUGUUAAAGCAGUAGGUUAUCCUCGGCGUCACCAUGAUGUCUAGUCCGAAUCCCAAUACGUUUCGUGCGGAUUCUACGGGAACACUGAAAACCACCAUCACAUUGGGCAAAAAUCCCUCCGUACAACAAAGUGGGCCUUUUUAUCUCAUCCGCGCUGAGAAUAUCGAAGAGAGCGAGGCGACCGGGAGCAGUAAUCUGCUGGAGCAUAAUCUCCUGGAGAGUUCCUACUAUAAAAUGUGCAACGUGAAGAAGCUGAAAGACGAGCUGAGCUCCUUCCUGCCCAAUCUGCCCGGAUUCUGCGACGUGCCAGCCGCGCAGGAUAAAUCCUCACUCAAAGACCUGUACGACAAUCCCCCUCGCGUGCACAAAGAGCUGGAUCCCUUGCCAAAUCAUCUGUUGGGGAAUUUCCGUCUCAAUCCUGGCCAGCUGCCGGAGAAGUUUCGUCUCAUGGAUAUUAACGCAAUGAAAAAGCAGCACAAAAAACGUCGCCGGCGCGAAGAAGCCGCGGCGGGAGCGGCUUCCGCGGAACAGGAAGCGGCCAAUGCUGAGGCCAAACGCCAACGCAAGGAAAAAGAUGAGGAAAGGCAUGCGAAGAAAAAAGAAGAGAGAAGAAGAGCUAAAGCCGUAAUGGCAGGUGCCAUGCCGUCGUAGCAGCUGCUUUGCCAUUCCUGGCGAUCUCAACUCACCCAAAUCUUAUGUUUUAUACAGGUUAAUUACGACGUUGUAAGUCGUGGCUUAUUUGGCGGUGUACGUGGAUGGAAGCGGAAGUGGCGUUUCUCCACUCGCGGUUACGUACCAGUCGACUAGUUCUUUUAAUAUAUAUAAUCGAUGUCUGAGGUCUAAGGAUUUCGGUGGCAAUUUCAGUUUGGAGAUUUUUUUAUGCGAUUGCACCAGAGUUCAUUGAAGUGUUGAUAAUAAAGUAUUUCGGGUUUCUGAUAUUUUUGUCUAAGGACUUCUUCAAUAAUUUUUUACCGUUCUUGUCACAAAAGGUCUUGUACGAAGCUUUCAUGUCAAAAAUAAAUCUAAAAGAAACAGA